UUUACUACGUAUGUAUAACAUUCACGACACAUUGUGAGGCCUCUUGACAGUACUAAAAGCGAUGUGCCUUCUACCGCAUGGUUGUAUUUUUAUUUUUUUUAAGGAAAGGCGAUCCAAUACUAGCAGUAAGGUUAGGAUAGUGGGUAAGAGAUGGAAAGAGGAAGAAAAGAAGGAAGGGUAAGCAAAAAAAAAAAAAAAAAAAAAAACUGUGUGCCCCCAAUGCCUGAAAUUCACUAAUUUAUUUGUGAGGAAGUUGCGACCCCUCUCUUAGUUUAUCGCGACCCUGCAUUGCUGGGACGCGACCCGUGGAUUCAACUGAGGCUACUUGGACUACAGCCCUGGGGUCCCACACAACUGGGGCCAUAUGAUCUAGGGGUGAAUACUGAACCUGACCUCACAUUACUUUGGCGUUCGGCCUAUUAGGAUCCUUCAUAAUUACUUUAUUCUUUUCUUACUGAGCCCUUAAAAUUCCUAAGACGGCUCUGUUAAUAUAUUCCUCUUCAGUGCUUCGAGGGUUGCUGAACGCUACCUUUAGGGCAUACCAACGACUAAAGCAGCAGCUUUCCUCAAGCUCUGAGUUGCUGAACUGAUUUGUAGGUGUGCAGGGAAUGUGCUUCCAUCCAGUUCAGUGCAACACGUUAGGAGAGCUUGGAUACACUCCAGCGUUGCUUCACGAGGAGUGACCUUCUGUAGCACAGACAAGGCUGUGCUAUUCUUCUGAUUUAUUAUGCAAUUUAAUGUCAUCUUAGAUAGCCAUUUUUAAUGAAUGAACCUUAGAGAUUACUAAACAACAGUAAGCCACGUAAGGGUAACGAAUGCACUCCACAGGAGGUCUAAACAUGAAGCUGCAUAGUGGCCUCCUUGUCGUACAGGAGAGAUGGAUACAGAUAUUCCUGAACCAGCACCAGAGGAAGGAUCCAUGAACGACCCCCGCGAGGCGGAGAAGGACCAAAACGAUCCCCUGGCGAGGGCGACGACCUUCGAGGACCUGAUGGGGGUUGUGGGCCCGUACGGCCGCUGGACGAUCACGGUGGUGUUCGUCUGUGCCGUCGGUACGUACACACGCACGCACGAUGCCACCCUGUGCAGUGUUGUGUGUGUUUGUCACACGAGUGUUAGCCAUGAUUAGGGAAGCAGCACCCUUCUUUCUUGUGUUGUGCUGCUUAUCACAGGAGUGUUUGCCGUCGUGACAUCUCUGACUCGGGCAGCAGUUUCCGAAAAGUGUUUACCAACACAUUUCAGUAGUUGUUCUAGUUAUUCUCUUGGAUGUUUUUCAUCGCAGGCGACAGAGCACCCAUUUAUGGUAAGGACUGAACGUCUCAGAACACAACUCUGACAGUACUUGCCCACAUAAUACAUGAUCAAUGAAAGCGCACCCAUCCAUCCACAACAGCCAUGCUGUCAGUAAACCAAUCAGCAGCACGGGGCUGUCAGGCUCCAGGAGGAUCCUCCCAAAACGGAUGGGAUUCUCGCCACUGAAGGCAGGCGUGACUAUAGUACUGUAUGCAUUCUUCUGAAUAGAUUAUAUUCUCAUAUGCUUUGAAAAGUGGAGUAUCUCCCACAACACUAAAACAUAUACAGUCUUUUCACUUUAUCCUCUUCCUUCCUUUCCAUCAGUCCCAGACGUUGUUAAGCUGCUUUUAUCGCUGAAUGGCAAAAUGACCAUGACAGCCUCGUACCACCUGACGUGGGUGUACACACUGGAGCUGUUCUCCACUGCCAACAGGGCUCGUGUGUUGGGCGAGGCCAGCGUCCUGACCAGGGUGGCCACUGUGUCAGUGCCCUACAUCAAUGACCUCCUGGGUGAAGUGUUGCCCUGGGCACCCGGGGCCCUAUGCAGUCUGGCAGCCCUCAUUGCUGCGGGCCUGGUGUUCUUGCUCCCGGAAACCACUAACAGGAAGAUCACGCAAAGGGAUGACUGCCACCAUGACCACCAUGACGACUACACCUUCCAGGCAGUGACUUAGAACACUGAGACUGAUGGAAUUCAUUGAAUACUGCUUGAAGAGAAAUGGAUGUCGACUGCAUCCAUUUCAGUAAUUUUUAUUGAGUAUUCCCACCCCAAGUGUUUGCAUAAGUACACAUACAGUAAUAAAAAUAUAAAUAGAA